CAAGCCACGUUGAGGAAAAUAGAUUUUGUAGUAUUCAGUGACUUGCCCAAGCAACCAAUAUCUUCAACCAGCUCUUUGGUGGCUACGGUGAUGCAGUCCCACCAUCCAUCUUCUCUCGCUGCUGCACACUGGGGGACUGCAACAAAUCCAGGAUUUUCACAAAACCACACGCACUUCCCUGGUGCUAUAGAUGCUGUUGCAGUUGAAAAUUUCAGUGAUGCCAAAGAUUCUUCUAACCCAACCAAGACUCCAGAGAGGACUCUUGCGCCCGUCGAGUUAUCUCAGUGUCUUCCUCACACCCUCCGAUACCGUCACCUCCUCCCCACACAGCGGAGGUCCUCUCUCCCAGCCAGGCUGGUGGAGCUGUCGUCUUCUACUGAUAGAGAUCCCAACCCCUCCAUGUACAUCAGGUCCUACUCUGGCUCUCAGUCCAACCACUGGGACAGGAAUGAGCACGCUUCACAGGAUACACGUUCACUGGUUGGAGCU